AUGAUCAAAGGCAUUGUAAAAUUUUACUCAUUGAAUGUUACUUUAGACUGGCAAGCCAAGCAAUUGGAUAUCAGCCUGGAUGUUGAAAACACUGGUGCUUCAGAUGGUAGUGAAGUGGUACAAGUUUAUGUUUGCGGUGUUGAAGAUUCCUUCAUCAAAAGACCAAUUAAGGAAUUGAAUUUCACAAAAUCGUUUGUCGAAGCAGGUGAAAAAAAAACCACCAGCUUCACCACUGAUUUGAAGAAUGCAUUUUCUAUCUGGGAUAGUGCAAAAUCCAGAUGGUUUAUCGAAAAAGGAACAUAUCAAAUUUAUGUUGGUAACAGUUCUGACAAUGUUCCACUUUCUAAAUCUGUUGAAAUUGCCGAAAACUAUUAG